AUCCACUUCGUUUACAUUUUUGAGAAAAUCUAAUAACAUUUGAAAUAACUACUUGUGUUUUUAUGCAUGGAUAUGAAAUUCAAUUUUGCGUUUUAUAAUUAUAAUUUAUGUAAUUUGUAAAUAAAAUUCUUAUAGCCUAAUGACAGAAUUGUGGUUUGUCAAAAUAGGUUUUUUAGUCUAAUACAUGAGACAAAACUAAAAGGCUCGUUGAUGUGUGUUGUUUUAACGUUGGGGAAGGGGCAUGAAUCCAAUUUGAACCUCUUUGGAAUCUUGCAGUCAGUUGUACUUUAAUUUUAAUUACUUUUCUCGGUGGCGUGUGACUGUUGAACUGCGUUUCUUAAUUAGGAGGGCAACGGUGUCACGAGUAAACCACUGCGUCUCGAGAGCAUCGAGGAUACGGGUUGCGAAAUGAACCUUCGUAAGCUUUUGAUUUUAUUGUUAUUUUUUGUAACAGUUUCAUCUUCUCCCCCUUCGUCUCCUCCUACCGUUCCUUCGGUACCGGAGAAGAAGAAAGCCGGUUGUAUAAAAGUGAAUAAUUGCAAGUGUAUCAUGAGCGAUGGUUCAGGAGUAAUUAACCUGGCUGCGUUGGGGGAUUCGGAUGGCUACCUGGAGCGAUUUAAACCCAUCCUGUCUGAGAAGGUACCCGCUAGCACAGAGCUACUUCUAUCCUUCAGCCCGUGUUUACCUUUUUCGGAGCCUGAGGAUUUCGCUGGUACGGACUGCUUGGAUGUGGCAGCGUGCUUGAUCGUCAGGCAUCGCAAAAACAACAGAUUUGUAAGUCGCUAUAUUAACUAUGGGAGACAUGAAGGCAAUGAAUUUCAAUACAAUGACAGCACUAAGACCCUGUCUGUUGCAUACCCAGUCCUGAGCACAAGCCGCCCCCAGACCAUAGUGCACUACCACUGCAGUCCCAACCGCUCCAUCACCUUCUCUCACCAUUUUGGGAGAGACAUGCCUCUGCAGAUUCAGGUGGAUAGUCCCUGUGCCUGCCCCAAUGCCUGCGCCUUGGAGGAUGUGGGUCCCGGCACCAUCUUCCUCAUCAUCCUCUGCCUCAGCAUGACAGCUUACCUUAUCUUGGGCUCCUGUGCUCUACGGCCCUUCCGGACCAGCAGUGGGGUCCAGAUUGCCCCAGAAGAGAGCUUAUGGUGCAUGCUGUGUUACCUCUUCACAGAGAGAAAGGGGAAGAGACCACGUCGGAGAUGCUACUCUCUGAAGGAGGAGACUCUGUAAACGUGGGACACACAGGCAGGGGAGGACAUGAGACACAGGGAAAUAGAGAAAUACAUGGGGGAAACAUUGGUGGUCUAAGGGGGAAGCUGGCUGUUUUGGAGGACUGGGCAAUGCACUGUAGCCUUGUAUUACACAGAGCUUCCCCUUCUCAAUGUAUAAAAGCAUCUUGAUCCUGAACUUUUCAGGGACUAUGAGCUUGUUUGUGCCACUAGAUGGAGCCGAAAAUCCAUUUAUGAGCGAUGGUAUGACAAACAUUGAUAGUGAUGUUUAGAAUUGUGUAUGAAGGCUAUAAAAUGUAUCUUUUCAUAAGCACAGCCUUUGGAAACAUAACAUCAUUGUAUAAUCUGCCCUGAAGAUGCAUUAAGUGUAUUUUCUUUAGACCACAAACCUCCAGAUAUCCCUACAGUAGCUAUUGUAAAGAUGGUUGGUCAUCAGAAACGUCUCUAAAUAUCUAAAAUGUCCAUCUGUACACAAAAACUGUGUUUGGGCCAAUGAAAAACAUAAACAAAAUCUGAAAUAAUAUUUUUUAAAACCCAGAAAUCCCUUGCAAGAAGAACCUGCACAGAAUGUACAUAUCCACAGGUCAUUAUUGCCAUUUAGAUGGGCUGAUGAGAACCAGAUGAUUAGAUAAGGGUUUUGGUCCAGGAGAACCUGGUAAAUGCUGAUUUUUAAGACAGCAAAUCCUGUAACCCUGGACAAGCAGUCAUUGUAGAUCCUUCCAUGAUUCCAUGAUUUUAACUCCUCACAUUGCAGGUUAGGCUCACAGUCGUUAGGUUUUGUAAGCCUUCAUUUCCCAGUCAUAUGUUUGGUUUCAGUGACCAGGUGUCCCCACUUUUCCCUCAGUAUUCUGGACUCAAAUCUGAUUUUAGAUGUUAAUUUGUGAAUCAAUCAACCAUCUAUUCAGUUAAUGAAUUAGUUAUGCAUAAUGUAACCCUCUUUACAGUCUACAACUCAUUUCAUGCUGGAAAUAUCAGGUUAUUUUAGCUAAAUCAGAAGCAGUGGUUACCAACCCUGUUCCUGGAGAUCUACCAUCCUGUAGGUUUUCACUCAAAUGCUAAUUUGGCAUACCUGAUUCCACUAAUUAGCAGCUCAACAAGAUUUAUAGCUGUUGAAUGAGGUGUGCUUUAUAAGGGUUGGAGCAAAAACCUACAAGAUGGUAGAUAUCCAGGAACAGGUUUGGUUAACACUGAGCUAAAGUAGAGGCAGCACACACAUGGGACCCCAGAUCUGUAUCAGGGAACCCCUAGAUUAGGCUGAUGCUGCCAUGCAAUAUAAGGUUUUUUGGAUCUUUGCUAUGCCCAGUUUAAACCCAUGCCUGUGAUCAUGAAGGAUGUUCCAUCUUUUGGGCCACAGCAUAUACUGAUUUUGUUCCAACUGCUUUUAAUUAUGUUUGAUUUAACUGUAUCUGAAUACUGACCUGUUUUAACAUGUCACGGCAUUCACUAUUGUGCAAAUAAUUUAUGAAAGUAAUGCACAAUUGGACAUGAUUGCUAGAACAAAAAAAGACACAAUGGAUUAGCAUUUGUUCAUACCUAUUCCAGAAACUCAUUAGGGAAGCUCUUACAAUGAAGCCAAAUUGGAAUUUAAUGUUCCAGGCUUUCAACAAUCAAAUAAUCUUAAUCAAGAUGAACACUAAUUUGUAGGACUAAUUUGUUUAAAGUGAGAAAAUUAGGACAAGGCAGCAAAGCAUCAUUUAUUGUAGCUUUUUGUUAGCACAUACUCCACAUCUAUGUUUCUAUAAAUACAUAUAAGUAUAUGUAGUGUGUACAUUUUCUAUUAAGGUGCAGAGAUUAAUAAAAUCUCAUUACUGAAGAAUUCAAAGCAUCAGGUAAUUCAGGCAGUUGAUUAAACAUGAUUUCCAUUCAUAUAAACUGAUGGAGUCUAUUUUUCUAAAAUAAAUAUAUGAGAAAACAAUGACAGACAAACUUGUUUGAGGUACUCAACAACAAUUUUAUUUUCCCCAAAAUAUUACAUUUACAUUCCCUGUUGUACUACAGUCUUGUAUAGAGAUGUGUACAAAUAUUCUUUUAACCCACUACAUCACAGUGUUCCUCCAAAAAGAACUAAAUUGAAUGUAACAGAAUGUAAAUCCUGUGUAGAGACAUGGGGAAAAAGUGAAAAUUAGAGCCAUAUUUGUAUAUUGUAUUUU